UCUGCAGGCUGGCAAGAAGCACUCUCCAGGCCCUGAGUUCUCAGAUUUAUCCUGGAAUACAGGUCCCAGGGAUCACUGCUCUGUCAUUCUGUCCUGAUAGCAAGGAAAGUGCAUCUCUAGCUCUUUGUUGGCAUGGAGGUCAUGAUUUUUGUUAUCUCACGUCAUCCUCUUGAAGAGAGGAAAUGGUCGUAGUGGAACGUGUUACAAAUCAGCCACUGAUACGGAGCCUUCGCAGUGCAGCAGCAUUUGCAGAAGAGCAAAUAUAGCCCUUCUUCCUUUGUGUUCUGGGAUCUGUCUGGUUAAAAAGGGAAAUAAAAAUGACGACUUCGUCUAUUAGACGGCAGAUGAAGAACAUCGUGAACAAUUAUUCAGAGGCCGAAAUCAAAGUUCGGGAAGCAACAUCUAAUGACCCCUGGGGUCCCUCCAGUUCGCUAAUGACUGAAAUAGCAGAUCUGACUUACAAUGUUGUGGCCUUUUCUGAAAUUAUGAGCAUGAUCUGGAAACGACUGAAUGACCACGGCAAGAACUGGCGACAUGUGUACAAGGCCCUUACUCUGUUAGAUUACCUGAUUAAAACUGGUUCAGAGAGAGUGGCGCAGCAGUGUAAAGAGAAUAUUUUUGCUAUCCAGACAUUGAAAGAUUUUCAGUAUAUCGAUCGAGAUGGUAAAGACCAGGGCAUCAAUGUGAGGGAGAAAUCCAAGCAACUGGUGUCUCUUCUGAAGGAUGAUGAGCGACUCAAGACAGAGCGGGCCCAAGCUCUGAAGACCAAAGAACGCAUGGCUCAGGUGGCCACUGGAGUGGGCAGCAAUCAGAUCACCUUCGGCCGAGGCUCCAGUCAGCCAAACCUGUCCACCAGCUACUCAGAGCAAGAGUAUGGGAAGUCUGGAGGAUCCCCAGCAUCUUACCAUGGCUCUACAUCCCCUCGAGUUUCAUCGGAGCUCGAGCAGGCCCGGCCUCAGACAAGCGGGGAAGAGGAGCUCCAGCUGCAACUGGCACUGGCAAUGAGCCGAGAAGUGGCGGAGCAGGUCAGUUCCCGUGAGGAGCGCCUCAGACGCGGAGAUGAUCUGAGAUUACAGAUGGCUCUGGAGGAGAGUCGCAGAGACACAAUUAAAAUUCCCAAAAAGAAGGAGCAUACCACUUUGUUGGACCUAAUGGAUGCCCUGCCCUCGUCGGCACCGGCCCCGCAGAAAACAGAACCUUGGGGACCUCCUGCUGCUGCAAACCAAACCGAUCCCUGGGGAGGAUCCACAGUUGCAGCUACUGCCUCUGACCCAUGGCAAUCAUUUGGUGCCAAACCAGCUGCUUCCGUUGACCCUUGGGCAGCACCAGCAGGAUCCGCAGCUCAGUCUCUGCCCAAAAAUGUUGACCCUUGGGCUCCUGCUCAGCCAUCUUCUACUGCAGCAAAAUCUUCUGUGGAUCCUUGGGGACCAGCACCUGCAAACAAACCUCUCUCUACUUCUGGAAGUACAUCUUUUGACCUCUUCAGUAAUUUGAAUGGUACGGUUAAAGAUGAUUUUUCUGAAUUUGACACACUUCGAACUUCCAAAAAGCCAGCUGAAUCAGGUUCCACUUUGCCAUCUCAGCAUAGCGGUACCACAAGCCCUGAUCUCUUUGAUUCCCAGCACUCAAGCGUGACAUCAGGCAAACAAAGUGCAGCUCGGAAAACCCCUGAGUCCUUUUUGGGCCCCAAUGCUGCUUUGGUGAACCUGGAUUCACUGGUGUCUAAGCCACCACAGCCUGUCACUUCACUGAAUCCGUUCCUGGCACCAGGCGCUGCUACAGCACCGACUCCAAUCAACCCCUUCCAGGUGAAUCAGCCGCAGCCACUCACUCUGAAUCAGAUGAGAGCGAGCCCGGUGAUGGGAACCAGCCCUUCUUUCAGUGCUGUGCCACCGAUAAGCAUGGAGCCAAUACCUCUGUCUUCCAUGGCCCCUGUGCCUGUGGGAAUGGCACCGAUACCAGCAAUGGGCACUGUGGCCUCUAUAACGAGGAUGGGCCAGGGGCUGAACGUAAGCAUUGCAGGUUCAAUGGCCCAGCCUCUUCACAGUACAGGAAUCCCGCCGUCAGCGUCCCAGUCCGCAAAUACAACUAACCCCUUCCUCCUAUAAAGACCCAAUUUAAGAAACUUUCUUUUCCUAGUGUUUCCAGGCUGAAGUCUUUGCGGCAAAACAAACGUGGCCCGUGUGGACUGAAUGGUGUGUAAGAGACUUGGAAGUAGAUUUGCAGUUUACAGUUAUGAUCUUUGAAGAGUUGUCUCUACUUACCAGUUAAUCUAAAUCUAGUCUUUGCUCCAGAUGGUACCUUACUUUGGCUUGUUGAGCAUUGUGUGAGAUGUUCAGACUUUUCACCAAAGUUAGAUUCUGCCCAUUUUGUUACUUUGUUAAUCAUUUCAAUACACUUUCUAGGGAGAACCUGCCAUUUUAAACGCCGCCGUUGGCUCUUUUGUAGAUGUCAGAUGAUGUGCUGGAUCCUGAAAUUACUAUUUACCUGCAUCUGUCACUCCUAUGCCCGUACGAUAGACCUGAGAUUCAGAGUGCUAGUGAAUGUUUUGCACAUAACUAUACACAGUUCUAGACUGUUGGUUCACCCAUAGUCCUUACUCUUAGAAGAGAACGAUUCUGAGGGCCCAGGUGGCUGGUUUUUAUGCAUUAAACAUUGCAACACAAAAAUCGCACUGCUUUCCUAUCAGAGGUUUGACCGAGAAAGCAAGCUUGUUUCAAAAGGAAAACAGACAAAACCCCCAAGAACAUUCUCAAGUUGUCGAGUAUAACGUGUGCUUUCGUACGCAGUGUUGAAUUUGUACACUACUUUAAGGACUUCGAGGAACUCUCUGUGAGUGGCAUGCUGCACUCCUGCUGAGUGAGUGUCCUGCUCUGUGCUUGUCCAGUACCAGCUUCGUUCGGAAGUUUUGUGUGUUUUGUUUUAAUUUGACUUACAAUGUGAGUUGAAAGGAAAAAAAAAAAAAGAGAAAUACAGCAAGACAACUUCGAAUUCAAUUUCACCGGGGCAAGCUUUAAAACUAAUUCAGGCUUAACCUUGCUAUAUGCAGUUACUCUUGUAUACUUUUGCACAUAUUUUGUUUAGUACAGUUUCAUAUUUGAGUUUGCAGAGUUACCUAAUAGUCCUUUUUUUGCUAAUUUUUAUAAUGUGGUUCUUAUUUAACUGUCUGGUUUUGAUAGAUUUAUCAAGUCUGGCUGAAAAAUUAAGAUAUUGGCAAAUGUCAUUUUUAUGGUUUGAAUGCCCUCUUAUUUAUGGCUUUAGCUCUUUGUUUCUGUAAAGAGAGUUUAAAAGGGAAGAUUAACACUAAAAUAUUUACUUUUAAAUGAAGUAUUCGUAAUACAAAUCAAAAACAAAUUCUCGUGACUAAUUAUUUUUAGAUGAAUUGGAGCAUAACGUGAUUUAAGACUGCAUUAAAAAGAAAAAACACUAAAGUCGCCUUCCCCUUGCUUUGUUCCGGUUUUCCGAUUACCAAAACAGCCACUUAGCCUUUUUGCAGAUUGGGAGAGAGGCUGGUUUUUCUUCUUCUUCUUCUUCUUGAGAUGUUAAAAAUUCUAAUGUACAAACAUGUCUCAUGAAUUUUAUUCACUAAUUUUUCUUAAUGAAAUGUGCACUCCAUAUUAACAACCGGUUCCAUUUACAACUAUUAACUGUAAGCUGAACUAUACUUUUUUACUUGCAUGUCUGGACUCAUUGGCACUAAACCGCACUCAGGUUCCAGCUGGUGUUUCUGGUGGGAACCUGGCCUUCUCGCAGACAGCAGCGUUAUAGCCCUGCACGCCGGUGUAGAAAGGGAUGUCCCAGUGCUUGCUGCUGCCUCCAGGGCAUCUCUGUGAAUGAAUCGAUGCAUCUUGGCAGCCUUUCCCUAAUUAGAAGGGGGGUGGGAGGGGGGAAGAAGCUGAAAGGGAUUGCCAGAGUUCUGUGUUCUGGUGUCUUGAUGACAUGUAUGGGACUGUGCUGGUCUGGGGCCGUUUAUGACAGGAAGGAGGAGUGGCUGAUGUGGAAGGGACUGGGCUGUCUCCAUCAGUGGGAAGGGGAGGCUGAAAGACUAUCAAAUCUAGGGUACAAUCACAGAUUUUAGAUGGGUAGUUCAGCGUAGCGCUGCUAGUAUAUGAAUGCUAAAUGUGUGGAUGUUCCUACGUGGGUUGUUCUGUCCUCUUGAAUGCUAUUGAAUUUGCAAGAAGGAUUCAGAAUAUUCAUCUGCUCUUGGUUUUAUGUAGGAGGAAAGAAAAUUACGGUCCACACCCAGUAUGUCUUUAAAAAACAAAACAAAACCCAUUCAUGUUGCCUUUCAGAGUAAGGAAAAAUACUUUACUUUUUUGUUGUUGUUGAACUUACUGAAAAGUGUAGACCAAGAAGGGUGUGAUUCUGGCAGAUGAGGUGGGGGAAGUGCUUUCCAAUUGAUCUGUGGCAUGAUUUGUCCAUCAUUAUUUUUCCAGUUUAAUUUUAUCAGCAGUGGAUUGAAGUCACUUGAUGUUUUUCUCUUAGUCUGUCACCUGAACGCAUAUGCGACAGUUAGAUGGGGCACCGUCUGUUCAGCCAAAACGUUUAAGUGCAUUGUCUUGUUAAAUGCUAGGUAACUGCUUUUGGAGGCGAAAUAGGGUUGGCAGGAGGUAUUUGAAGUGAUGAAGUCAUCUCCAGUUCAGAGGCAUGAUCUGCUGCCAUAAAUCAAUAGGAGCACACUUCUGGUCUGGUAGGGAUCCCUGGCUUAAUGAAACUGCUGAAUGGCAAAGGGUUGCUUUUCCCAAGCCGCUCCUGUAGAUGCUGCAUUACUUUCACGUCACACGCAUAUAUACAGACACCUAUUGCACCAUGAAUCAUGCCGAAGUGCUCUGCAGAGCCGUCAGCCCAGGCCGUGGUGCUGUAGCGUUAGGCUGAGGACUAACGAGGCCAGAAUUCCUAGUCCAACGCGGAGGUUGUGGCAGGAGCCCAGCUCAGGAGGAUGAACAGCCAGUAGCAUACAUCUCGGUUCCUGUAGCCAGGACGCUGGAAGGUGGUUUCUGUCCUCAACAGGCAAAGCUUCGCUUCCGCCCAGAAUGGUAACUCUCCUUUGUGCUAAUUUAACCGCUCUCCAGAAUAAUUCCUCCUCCCUCUAUGCUCCCCCACUCCUGUUUGUGUGGAGGAUGUGUGUGUGUCCCAUCACGCCUGCUCUGGCCUAUUUCUCCAUAAGCAUUUCCCUCCUCCCUUCUUUUCUGACUUGCAAAUAUUCAAAGUGCUUUUGAUUUUUACAACGUUAGUAUCCCAAAAGAGCCUUACUGGUCAAAUUGACCAAAGAGAAAGUGUUAAAUAUUUUGUAAAAAACCCCAACAUCUUGGCAUAAUUUUAAACCCAAAAUAAGCUCAGUUAUUUAUUCAGUUUUAUACUAUAUAGAAACUAAACUACGUUGAAGGGACAGGGAAGGAAAACCAUGGUGGGUUGUGGUGUUUACAGUCUUUUUGAAGUCCCAAUGCUAAGAUGAUUUGUUAUCCAUCUUCCCUUUUGCUGUUACGGUUUCUAACGUGUACUGUAUGUAUUAAUAUUGCACAAAUUGUGGAGAGAGAGAUGGUUUAUUUUUCACAGCAGAAUCGCGCAAGACUUGCUUCCUUUACAAGUGUUACAACUUAAAUAUUUACCAAACUGUUUUCAUAAUAACUGGGAGCCGGCUGCUUUUUAUGAAUUUGUGCUGACUAUUGACAUUAUUUACUGUAUAAAUAAUUUAUCAUUUGUACUAUUGUAUCAUAAUGUCUGUAUCUUUGUGUCAUUUUUUCCUGAGCGAUGUCACGAGCGUGAUAUUUAAUAAUGCCAUCAGAACAGUGGAAAGACAAGGGGUUUGUAGGUGACUGGUCAGAAUUAAAAUUGUAUUGCUUAUAUUUCCAGCCGUGUUGCUUUUUCCAAGCCCCUGCACAGUGUUCGUAAUACCACUCGGAAAGCUGCCGCUGCCAUGCUUGAUUUACUUCUCCAGAAAGCUGAUGGAUUGCUUGAGAUGAUUUAAGGUUUGUGCUAAGAGUCCUAGGUGCUAGGGGGGGAUCAAACCGUUAUGAGUAAUGCUUCUUGUACGUUGUCGAUGUGAUUCCUUGGGUGCAUUCAUCACUCCCGGGCAGGUCUGCUCUGGCUAUGAGAAAAGAGGGGGUUCUUAUAGAUCACUUUAAUCGGAAUCAGUUGAGACCUUACUAACUUAAUAAAAAUGAAGACUUGUUGUGUUGCAGGUGGCUGAAUUGCUUCUUUAAACCACGUUACUAUUUCAACAGCACUGCUGGAGGGGUGAUCGAGUGCUGUCUCAGCAGAGGCUUCCCUGUUUAUGUCAAGGCAGGCCUUUGGGGAAGGCAUUGACUUUGAAAGCCACUGCUUAUGGAAUGAGGGUUGGGGAACUGCGACAAAACAGACUUUUGGAGUCCUUGUGUCCCAUGUUUGCAGUAGUUAAGUCUUGCCCUUCCCGCAGCCUUGGCUCCGUCCCAUUGCUCAAGUGGCCUUGCUGAUGGAGUAGCAGCACGCCUGCCUCCAGCUGGGAAGUGAUUUCAGCUUCUAAUUCUGGAUGGUGUAAAUUGAAGGGUACUUCAUUAGCAGGCUAUUUCAGGAGCUGCCUCUCCAGAGCCCAUCCAGGUUUCCUGUAGUUCUGGUUUGCCGCCAAUUAACCUGAUCACUAAUCAAAUAUUUAAUUUCUUAAUGCUGAAACUGUAGUGGUGCUGGAGAUCUGGCUGAUGGAAAGGCAGACGGUGAGGAAAACUGAAAGCCCUCCUUUGCCAGGGAUGGCAGCCGGGAUGCCUGGGCUCUUCAUAGCUCUCGCUUUACCGAAGGAUGCUCCCUGCUCCUGUGUAGAGGGGCCCUUCUCAGCUGGGUGUGAUCAGUGCUUAGUCACUGCUUUACUCUGGCCUCUUGAAACAGCACAUGUUAAAACAAAGCUGCUUGCUACAGGAGAGUUCUAGGAAGGGCUUGAAGUGGAAUCUUUUGUGAUGGCUCUAAAGCUCUUAAAAAGGAGUGGAAUGCUGCAGGCUGUUGCAAGCAGAGGGAGUUGUAGCUGAUAAAGCCUGUUGAGAGAGGGACCUGGCUGGGGCCGAGCCUUCCUCUGACCUUGGGCAGGCGGUUCUGCCCCGUCCAGGGUUUCCUCUUCCUCUUCAGUGAAGUGUGGUGGUGUUUGCCUCCUUGCGUGGAGGAAAUGAGUUAUCUGGAUAAAGUACUAUCUAGAGGCUUGCCCUCAUCCGCACCGGUGUUGCCAAAGUGGUUUUGCUGAAUAUGUACGUUGCCGUUCGUACUUGUUUGUGCUGGGCUGAGCGGUGCAACUCGUCUCUUCCGCUUGCUUCGUUGAACUGUGAGAAAGUGGCUUGGGCCAGCUUGAGCUCUGGCUCUGGCAAGAGUCCUGUAGCUGCCUGCGAUCCAUGAUUCGGAGAACCAACAUGAUUUAUAGAGCCUCUCAUGUUAAAAACUUCUGCUGAAGUUAGCUGUUGCCCACCUUCCAGGAAAGCUUCUCCUGUGUCUUGUGAGAUGGGACACAGUGAACAUGGAUUUUGUAAAGAGAGAAUCAGGCAAUGGUGUCCAUGCUCUUCUUGAAGGGCUUUUUGGCCAGGGAAUGAAAUUUGGUGGUUGAACCAGGCUGAGGGAGACAAUUCUGCUUUGGUGUAAUGGCGCAUGUGGCCCAGGAUACUGUGGGCUGGCUGGGGUGCUGGGUGAGGGCGGUAGGUGUUUUUUUUUUGCUUUUUAAUGUCUUCAUUAGCAAGUCUGGCACUAAAUGUAGUGAUAUUCUCCGAGGUGAAUCUGGGUACUUAAAUAUCUUGGCCUGAAUAGAGGGGUAAAAAUAGAAACCUGCAGCAGUGAGAUGCUCCUGCAGAUGUUCCCUCUGAAGGACAAGGGACUGAAUCACUUGUACCCUGCCAUGAAAGUCCCAGCAGCCUCCUUCCUGGAGACUCAGCACUGGUUUUGGUGGCCAAAGGAUGGUUUCUAACAGGACUUCUGCCCGCUUAGUCAGCCAAGGACUGAAAAAUUGUUGUCUCAAGUGUAGUCCUCAUAACCAACUGUCCUUGCGCUCCACGGGCUCUACUGCACUGAAAUGCAGGGGCCUGGAACCUGGCGUUUGUGGGGGUUUGCUCCAAACGUGGAGGUUGUUUCUGCGUUUGCAAACACCCAUGAGCACUUCAGCUCUUGGGGUUUGAGCUCACCCACGUUUGCCUCUCAAAUGAUGGAUAAAAGCCUUGGGGAUGAGUGGCAAGAGGAGGAAAGGGGCUGAAUAUCCCUUGCAGGGUGUGAGCAGCUUGGCCAUUCUUCGUCUCUGCCGUGUUCCUGCUCAGGCUUUGCAUGCCCUGGAAGAUGUUCAAAGUUGCUGUUGGUGGCUGCUCUGGGCAUCCUGUCCUUGUGUGCCUGGACCUUGGGUCCCUGGCUGCUCUGGGUGGUGGGUGCAGGAGUGAGAAUUCAUGGUGUUCUCAUCGGGGCUUGGUUGCUGGAGCGUGUUGGAGGGGCACCCUGGAGAUGUCCUGCAGCCACCCACUCGUCCAGCUGCUGCCGAGUUCCACCUGCUGGCACUGCCAGAGGGAAGGGAACAGCACAGGGGCUGGUUGUUCUUACUGGUGCUCUUGGGUGCUGGCGGUGUGUGGCUGGUUACAGACAGGCCCAGCUCUGCCACUGCUGGUGCUGCUCACUCUGCGUGGCACCUAUCUCCUAGCUGCCCUGUCCUGCUGUCACCCUGCGGACCCGUGCCCGGGGUGAUGAAUCCAGUGCGUUUAACCCCCCAUCUCCCCAGGCAGCAGGUCUCGCACGAUGCUCCGGUGACCUCAGCACAGCCAGAUCAUCUUGGGGCUGGUUAGCGCUGGGCUGGAAUGCUGCCAGAUAGAAUUAGAGGUGAAGCUCCGUUUUUCUUCAAAUCUGGCUUUCCCCUGCUUCUUUAAUUUUGUGGUUUAUUUUGCCUUUGUUUGUUUAGAGAUUCCACAGGAGGCUCCUGCUCCUAAAGUGAUGCUGCUGCUGGGGAGCAGUUGCUGUCUGCUUUAUUCCAUCUGCUAGGCUCUCAUUUUCAGGUGGAGAUAACUUCCAGCUGCUGCAGCACUGCUGCUGUAGAAGUCUUGCAAGCCUUAGGUCAGAGAUGGUCCCUCAAGCUCCUGGCUCUGUCCUGCUCCCUGCGAGGCAGCUCGGGUUGCUCGUGGCCCUGGGAGGUGUUAGCCCCACGCUCUCAGGGCACGAGGUUGCGGCACCAUUGCACUGGGCAAUUUUCCAUGUUGGAACAGGAAAACCUUGGGUGUCCUUCAUGCACUCCUGUGAGCUGGUUGUUAUUGGCCACCUCCAACAUCUUUCAAGAGCUUGAAAACUGCCGCGAGAGGGCAGGAGCUGCUGCUGCUGUUUCUGGUUUUGGUAGAAAGGGCUGCCAGCAUCAGUUCCUAAAGACUGUCCAAAGGGGUUUCUGCUUUCAGGAGAGGUUGAUUCCCAAGCUGCUCUUCAGUCCAUGUCCUCGGCUGUCUCCCUCCUGGGGCAGCUUCCAUGGUAAGGGGAGAAGUAUCCUGUGAAGUGAGCAUGGUCCUGCUGGGCAGCGCUCCCCGAAGCUCCUCCAAACAGUAGGAGCAGAGGAGGGAUUCGGCACAGACCUUGACUGCCUCACAGGCUCCGUUUGCCUCUGACGGGUUUUGCUCUGUUCUGAUGGGCUUGAAACCUCAGCCUGUGUCAGGACACAUGUUUUGAAUAAAGAUUUUUGUCCUGCCCAGCUUGAAUCCGGAGGUUAAUGGCCAAUUUCACUGUCUGGGAGAGACUUAAGCGUAACAAAACAGGAGCUGCAGUGCCAGCUGACAGCCUCGCGCUGCCAUCUGUGCUACGAGGGGUCAGGAACUUCAGUCCAGUUCUGAAUAAAAGUGAGAACGAUUCACUAGGAAAGGACUGGGAGGGGGUUACAGCUGCCAGGAGAGUGGGCAAAGGGAAAUAGUUUUGAGCCUCCACUGAGCGAGGCUGUUUUUCUCUGAGGUUUGGAUCUUUUAAAGCAAGGGCUCUUUUAACUUUUAACAAACUGCAAGGAAUGCUUAUGGGUCAUAAAUCACUUCCUUAACAGCAUCACCCGCUCUGGGCAGCACAGUAUUGUGUCUGUCAUCACUCCUCAGCCAUGAGAGCAGAGCUGCAAGCCCUCUGCGAUGCCCGUGCACUGAAGAUUCAAAGCAGAGAUGGUUUUCAUAAAGGCAGCAGCGAGUCAGUCUCUGGGAGAAGAGCCUGUUUAUAGGAGAGAUCAACAGUUCCACCUCGGAACAGAGAAACAGCACUGAACCUGGGAAAACUGAAAACAUCCCCCUUGCGUGCCCUGCGGUAACGAACAAACUCUCUCAGACCAAAAAGCUCACAAACUAAACCUAUUUCUAAGGCCUUGAAGAAGGUAGAUGAGGUUCUUGACAAACAUCAAGACACUGAGUCAAAAAAAACCCAAAUCCAACAAAACACAGAGAUGGAAAGCAUUAAUUGUGCUGGUCACAUAUCUUAAACAUUGCUUUACAGACUUCGGGGGUUUUACUGUUUUUUAACCUUUGCUUUUCACUACUAGGUUACUUUUAAUGUUCUUCUGCGGGUCCCUGCAGCUGCGCUGGGAAGGGUGGAACUGUGCAAAUGCACGUUGUGAUGGGUCUCAGUGCAGCAAGUGUCCAACUGCUCACUUGAAACAGGAGCAAUUCAGACUGGUUGUGGUACCAUGCUGCAAAGCCGUGUGUGAGUGAAUUCACAGCGCCCCUGUGGGCAUGAAGUUUGGGUUGAACAGUUUCCUCGUGACUAGAAACUCUGUUGUGCAGCUUUGCUCUAACUGGAAUGGGAGCAGGUAACUGUGCUCAAGGACAAAAAGAUACUUAAGCAGUAGUAGGGUUAAUGUUUGCCUUUGGAGUCUUUCAAACAGAUAUUUAUCCUGCUCCUGUAGCUCACUGCUUCCCAAAUACUUCUGAAAAGGAAACAAAAUUCCUUGCGUCUCCUCUGAGCCAACAGGAAAUACUCACAGAUCUGGAUUCCAGCAUGACUCAGUUCAGAGAGCGCAACAGUUGCCAAAACAACUGGUG